CAAGGGUUGACGAUAACAGGAGUUUAUCUGGUUUGGAUUCUAUCACACGUGGUUGGACCGAUCACCACUUCCCCGAAACCUCAAAGCUUAAAUUUCAUGAUUCCCACGCUAACGGAAUAAACCAAUGAAUUUCAACAACUCAACCAUUUUUCUCUGGUGAGCCAUGAACGCCGCCAGAGGUCUGCUCAUUUCUCUCAACUCCGCUCCCAAAUCCCACCUCCCCGGGAAGCCCUCUCUCCACUCCAAGCCCCGCCCCUCGCCUUUCCCUCUACGCCCCUGCCGGAGCUCCCACUUUCGCCUAAUUCACGGCGGGAGCGCCUUCAUUUGGAGGGCAGGAUGGGGAAGAGUGCGGGCGGAUGUCAAGUCGGAUACUGUGGAGUCGGCGCCGGACUCGGCUCGGCUCGACCAAGCUCUUGCCACGGAUGACGGCGCCGCCGCCGACCUUCCGUGGUGGGAAGAGUUCCCGAAGCGAUGGGUGAUUGUGCUCCUCUGCUUCUCCGCUUUCCUGCUCUGCAAUAUGGAUAGAGUAAAUAUGAGCAUUGCGAUACUUCCAAUGGCAUCAGAGUACAACUGGAGUCCGACAACAGUUGGUUUGAUUCAGUCCUCUUUUUUCUGGGGUUACCUUCUCACUCAGAUUGCAGGAGGUAUAUGGGCAGACACCGUUGGUGGCAAAUUUGUUUUAGGAUUUGGUGUAGUUUGGUGGUCAGCAGCAACAAUACUCACACCUGUUGCGGUAAAACUUGGUUUGCCUUUUUUACUUGUCGUCCGUGCUUUCAUGGGUAUCGGAGAGGGUGUUGCAAUGCCUGCUAUGAAUACGAUACUAUCAAAAUGGGUUCCUGUAUCCGAGAGAAGUAGGUCAUUAGCAUUGGUUUACAGUGGGAUGUAUCUUGGAUCUGUCACCGGUCUGGCUUUUUCACCAAUGUUGAUUCACAAGUUUGGCUGGCCAUCCGUCUUUUAUUCAUUUGGUUCUCUUGGAACAAUUUGGUUAGCUUUGUGGCUUAACAAGGCUCACAGUUCACCAGCAGAGGAUCCUCAACUGCUGCCUGCAGAAAAAAAGCUCAUUGUUAGCAACUGCAUAUCUAAGCAACCAGCUAAAUCGAUACCAUGGAAAUUGAUAUUAUCAAAACCACCUGUGUGGGCUCUGAUAGUAUCUCACUUCUGUCACAAUUGGGGAACAUUUAUCCUUCUUACCUGGAUGCCUACAUAUUAUCACCAGGUGUUGAAGUUUAAUCUCACCGAGUCAGGACUGUUUUCUGUCUUUCCAUGGCUUACUAUGGCAUUUUCUGCCAAUUUGGGUGGUUGGAUUGCAGAUACUCUAGUAAGUAGAGGUGUAUCGGUAACCGUGGUUAGAAAGAUGAUGCAGACGGUUGGAUUCUUAGGCCCAGCGUUUUUCUUGACUCAGUUGAGCCAUAUUGAUUCCCCUGCUAUGGCAGUUUUGUGUAUGGCUUGCAGCCAGGGAACUGAUGCCUUUUCACAAUCAGGAUUAUAUUCGAAUCAUCAAGAUAUUGCUCCUCGAUAUUCAGGUGUAUUGCUUGGUCUAUCUAAUACUGCUGGAGUGCUGGCUGGAGUUUUCGGAACCGCGACAACUGGUUAUAUCUUGCAACAUGGUUCGUGGGAUAAUGUUUUCGAAGUGUCUGUGGGGCUCUACUUAGUUGGGACCGUGGUGUGGAACCUUUUCUCGACUGGCGAGAAGAUCAUUGAUUGAGCCUGGAUCCGGACCUUGAAACAUACAGGAUACAGUAAUAAACUUAGGAAUCUAGCUAGCUCUGCUGCAAACAAAGCCCAUUUAUAGGCUCGUUUUUUGCUGCGAGGAGCCUUUCAUGAACCGAGCAGAGCAGACUGACUCCGAGUCUGAGCCGGAAACCAUGGGAAGCAAGGAUUCAGCAAUUGAAGGUGCCCUUGAUGUAUAUAUAUGUAUUAUGUACACGAAUUCAUUGAUAAUAUGUGAUUGGAAAGGCUUCAUUAUUUGUGAUGAUAGAUUAAUGUUGUGCAGUCUUAUAUCUUUUUUUUCUGACUGCUGUAAAAUUGGUAUUUACCGAAAUUCUUUGAAGUAGUAACUUUUUGUAA